AUGCGCCAUUCAAUCCGCAAGAUGCAAUUCGAUCUCUCUCAACUACAGCUCAACGUGUCACUUCAAGCCGGCUGAUGCGGGCACGGUGCGACGUCGCACGACAAGACUAUCAACACCUCCAACCUCGUCAUUUUCGGCACGAUACGAUGGGCAAUCCUAUCUGAGAGGGAGUGGUCACUUUCAGCAGCGUGCUAGCUUGCCUCGAUGCAUCGCUCGAGCGUUUUCGGUCGGACACGUGCUCGGUCACCCCGAUCGCGCCCUCGACAUUGGCCGACUCGCUGCCAUCCGAGCCUCGCACCACACCGCUCUGACUGGUAUGGUCAUACUCUGCGCAUCAGCACCAUCGACAAGACGCUCAACUAUCCCGAGGUCAUGAAUCGAUGCAAACAUUACUCGAUCCUCGUCGCCCCACCCCCGAACACCACUGUCGACCAGUGACGAUCUCCUCCGCCACCCCCACAUCGUGCACCCGCGUCGUCAACGUCAACCAAUCGCACGAAUGCAUUCCCUCACAUCUCUUUCUUGAUCGAGUCGAAGAGUCUCAUCGACGUGGCUAG